AUGACCAAGGCCAUCGGUAUCGAUCUCGGCACCACCUACUCCUGUGUCGCUGUCUGGCAAAAUGACCGUGUCGAGGUCAUUGCCAACGACCAGGGUAACCGCACCACCCCCUCAUAUGUCGCCUUCACCGACUCGGAGCGUCUCAUCGGUGACGCCGCCAAGAACCAGGUCGCCAUGAACCCACACAAUACCGUCUUCGAUGCCAAGCGUCUCAUCGGCCGCAAGUUCGACGAUGCCGAGGUGCAGUCCGACAUGAAGCACUGGCCUUUCGAGGUCACCUCGGUCGGUGGCAAGCCCCAGAUCCGCAUCGAGUACAAGGGCGAGAAGAAGACCUUCACUCCCGAAGAGGUCUCGUCCAUGGUUCUCCUCAAGAUGCGUGAGACCGCAGAGGCCUACCUCGGCGGCACCGUCAAGGACGCUGUCGUCACCGUCCCCGCUUACUUCAACGACUCGCAGCGUCAAGCCACCAAGGACGCCGGUAUCAUCUCCGGUCUCAACGUGAUGCGCAUCAUCAACGAGCCCACCGCCGCCGCCAUCGCCUACGGUCUCGACAAGAAGUCUGAGGGCGAGAAGAACGUUCUCAUCUUCGAUCUCGGUGGAGGUACUUUCGAUGUGUCGCUCUUGACCAUCGAGGAGGGUAUCUUCGAAGUCAAGGCCACCGCUGGUGACACCCACCUUGGUGGUGAGGACUUUGACAACCGUCUCGUCAACCACUUUGUCCAGGAGUUCAAGCGCAAGAACAAGAAGGACCUGACCACCAACGCUCGUGCUCUCCGUCGUCUGCGUACCGCCUGUGAGCGCGCCAAGCGCACGCUCUCGUCGGCUGCCCAGACCACCAUCGAGAUCGACUCUCUCUUCGAGGGUAUCGACUUCUACACCUCGAUCACCCGUGCCCGUUUCGAGGAGCUCUGCGGUGACCUCUUCUCGCACACCAUCGAGCCCGUCGAGAAGGUCCUCCGUGACUCCAAGAUCGACAAGGGUUCCGUCCACGAGAUCGUCCUCGUCGGUGGUUCCACCCGUAUCCCCAAGGUCCAGAAGCUCCUCACCGACUUCUUCAACGGCCGUGAGCUCAACAAGUCGAUCAACCCCGACGAGGCCGUCGCCUACGGUGCCGCCGUCCAGGCCGCCAUUCUCUCGGGUGACACCUCGGAGAAGACCCAGGACUUGCUCCUGCUCGACGUCGCUCCCCUUUCCAUGGGUAUCGAGACCGCCGGUGGUGUGUUCACUCCCCUCAUCAAGAGGAACACCACCGUUCCCACCAAGAAGUCGGAGGUCUUCUCGACCUACGCCGACAACCAGCCCGGUGUGUUGAUCCAGGUGUUCGAGGGUGAGCGCGCCCGCACCAAGGACAACAACUUGCUCGGCAAGUUCGAGCUCUCUGGUAUCCCCCCUGCGCCUCGUGGUGUUCCUCAGAUCGAGGUCACCUUCGACGUCGACGCCAACGCCAUUCUUAACGUCUCUGCCGCCGAGAAGGGUACCGGCAAGUCGGAGAAGAUUACCAUUCGCAACGACAAGGGCCGUCUCUCGUCUGAGCAGAUCGAGGAGAUGCUCAAGCAGGCCGAGCAGUUCGCCGAGGAGGACAAGCAGGCGCUCGAGCGCACCCAGGCCAAGAACGGUCUCGAGUCGUACAUCUACAACGUGCGCAACACCACCAGCGAGCCCCAGCUCAAGGACAAGCUCGAGGCCGCCGACAAGGAGGCGCUCGAGAAGAUUGUCAAGGAGGGUAUCGAGUGGUUGGACAGCAACACCACCGCCUCGACCGACGAGCUCAAGGACAAGCAGAAGGAGAUCGAGGAGCAGGUCAACCCCAUCAUGACCAAGAUCUACUCGGCUGCUGGCGGCGCCCCUGGUGGCAUGCCCGGCGGUGCUCCUGGUGCCGCACCUGGCGGUGCUGCUCCCGGUGGCGACGAUGGUCCCACCGUCGAGGAGCUCGACUAA